ACAAAAACCCUUGAUGUAAAUGAUAAACCCUAAUCUGAAUUCUAAGUCCUUGAAACAGCCAUGAUGCGUGCUUUGCUGAGAAAUGUCUCUCUCCGCAGUCGCAAUCUCUUUCUCUCUUCUCCACAACCGAAUGCAAGCUCCAGUCUUUCAUUUGUUCCACUCGCUGUUUCCGCUAGAUCCCGACUCCGGUUCUUUUCUUCCGAGUCGGACUCGUCAACCGAGAUCCCCAAACCUGCUACGGAGUCGACAUUAGCAGAAGGAACCAAGGAUGUCGUUGCCAGUGUUGAGGACGUGAAUAAUAAAGAGUUGAAUUCGCGAAUAGAGAAGUAUUUCAAAGGGGAGGAAGAGGUACUGCCGUCAAUUCUUGAAGCAAUUUUACAGAGAAAAUUGACAGAGAAGCAUGGAGAUACAGACGAUGAGUUGAUGGAGGAAUGCCGCAUGAGACCAUGGGAUACUGUUGAGGAGGAAGACGACAAAAACUUUGAAUCAGAUUUUGAGGAGUUGUAUUCGACUGAUGAGGAGCUUGAUAAUUUGUAUAAUGCCAGGGAAUAUGUGAUGAAGAAAAUGGCAAAAGAUGAGUUCUUUAAUAUGGAUGCACAGAAAUGGGAUGACAUGAUUAGGGAGGCCACACAGCAUGGGUAUCUGAAGGAUACUAGGGAAUGCGAGGAGAUUUUAGAAGACAUGCUUAGCUGGGAAAAGCUCCUACCAGAUGACAUGAAGAGAAAAGUGGAAGAAAAGUUCAAUGAGCUAGGGGAUAUGUGUGAAAGGGGGGAACUUGAACCUAAAGAAGCUUAUGAAAAGUUCAAGGACUUUGAGGAUGAGAUGGUAAUGGAAUACGGGAAGAUGAUGGAAGUACAGAGCCCCCCACAGUUUGACGAAACAGUUGUGCCAGACAAGAAAAAAGAUUUGGAUGAUCCACCAGGUGAGGGACCAAUCCUUAGGUGGCAAACACGGGUAGUCUUUGCUCCUGGUGGUGAUGCAUGGCAUCCUAAAAACAGAAAAGUAAAAAUGUCUGUUACCGUGAAAGAGCUUGGGCUUUCAAAACACCAAUUUUGCCGGCUGACGGAACUGGUUGGAAAAAGAUAUCAUCCUGGGAAAGAUGAGCUUACAAUAACCAGUGAGAGGUUUGAACAUCGAGAGGAGAACAGAAAAGACUGCCUCCGAACUCUCUUUGCCCUCAUUGAAGAAGCUGGCAAAGCAAACAAACUAGCAGAAGAUGCCCGAGUUUCCUAUGUCAAGGAUAGACUCAGAGCCAAUCCAGCAUUCAUGGAGAGGUUACGCAUGAAGACCAUGAAGGGAACCAACACUCUCAGUGCAUGAGAUAUUGAUUUAUCAACUGAUGAUGGGUGGAAAAAUAAGUUUUUUGCAUCUGUUCCUGCAGAUGGAUAGCUCCUCAAAGAUAAAUACAUUAUGGAGCAUUCCAUCUCAUGCAGGGUUUCUUACCUCUACUCGCCUCACCAACAUUUUGGUACCUGCGGAUUCUAUCAGCCAAAUGAUUUGAUCUAUCCCUAGAAAACCGAUGGAAAGAAAAAUAAAAAAGAUAACUUCAUUUACUGAAUUAAGAUCUUUAACUCUGUGAUUAGUGUUAAUUUUAUAGAUUGCCGAUUUAGUGGUGUUUCAAGCAGUAAAGUUACCACAAAAAGUUAAAGAAGUUGCAGUUGAAUGUCAGUCCUGAUUAUUCACCUCGGCAUCUCUAAUGGAUUCCGAGUUUUUGUUCAUGUUAUGUGAUGUUAGAGGUUUGAUUUUUAUGCAAAA